CGUCACUCUAGGAUGCAACUUUCAAUGAGAGUCCUCGUGGCAGGAGUUAUCUCCGUGCUGCUGAUCAACCACUGCAAAUUCUCAUCUGGAAAACCUCUGCACCAAAAUGGCAACAAUUCCAUGUGUCACGACGUUCGGCCUUGCAAGCAUCCUGUCUUUGAUCAAGUCCGGUGCCUGGUGUCACAUCUGAACGUGUCAGCUCCAGCGUUAUUUGAUCAUUACCUCAGAACCCAAGGCUACCCUUUCACCGAGAAGAAGAAGUUGGAUGAGUUUUGUGAGCCUGACCAAGAGUUUCCUCCUUUCGUCAGCUCACUGAGUGACAAGGAGAGGGUGAUCAACCUCUACAAGAUCUUUGUCUUCUUCAAUGCCUCCUUGGACAAUAUCACCAAAGACCAAGAAAGCCUCGACAACAAUGUUGAGUCCAAAGAAGACUUGCUACGGCGGCUCAGAAAUACCACCAACAAUACCGCGGGCCUCCUCUCCAAUCUCACCUGCCUGCUCUGCUCCAAGUACAAAGUCAACCACGUGGACGUGUCUUAUGGCAAUCAUUCCAGCACCGACAGCUUUGAGAAAAAACAGAAAGGUUGCCAGAUACUCCGGAAAUACACAAAAGUCAUCAGCCACGCUGCGCAAGCUUUGGGACAUUGUCGUCACAAGCAGACGUGAUGCUAAGAUGCCCACCCUGGCCUGGUCCUCCUUCUCCUCCUCUUCCUCUCCUCCUCUUUCUUCUUCUUCUUCUUCUUCUUCUUCUUCUUCUUCUUCUUCUUCUUCUUCUUCUUCUUCUUCUUCUUCUUCUUCUUCUUCUUCUUCUUCUUCCUCU